CCGAAGUGCGAGUGCCGCGGCGGCGGCGGCGGACGGCCCAGCCAGAGCGCGAGGGCUCGGGGGCGCGCGGGGUCUCAGGGCAGCGGCAGGGACCCCGGGGCCCGGAGGCGGCGCAGCCCGGGGCCGCCGGGAGGAGCGCGGGCGGUUCGGCGGCGGCGCGAUGCCGCUCGCCCAGCUCAAGGAGCCCUGGCCGCUCAUGGAGCUGGUGCCGCUGGACCCGGAGAAUGGACAGGCCUCAGGGGAAGAAGCUGGACUUCAGCCAUCCAAGGAUGAGGGCGUCCUCAAGGAGAUCUCCAUCACACACCACGUCAAGGCUGGCUCCGAGAAGGCUGAUCCAUCCCAUUUUGAGCUCCUUAAGGUUCUGGGACAGGGAUCCUUUGGCAAAGUCUUCCUAGUUCGCAAGGUCACCCGGCCUGACAGUGGGCACUUGUAUGCCAUGAAGGUGUUAAAGAAGGCCACGUUGAAAGUGCGUGACCGUGUUCGGACCAAGAUGGAAAGAGACAUCCUGGCUGAUGUGAACCACCCAUUCGUGGUGAAGCUGCACUAUGCCUUCCAGACUGAGGGCAAGCUCUACCUUAUUCUGGACUUCCUGCGUGGUGGUGACCUGUUCACACGACUCUCAAAGGAGGUUAUGUUUACAGAGGAGGAUGUGAAGUUUUACCUGGCUGAACUGGCCCUGGGCCUGGACCACCUACACAGCUUGGGCAUCAUUUACAGAGACCUCAAGCCUGAGAACAUCCUUUUGGAUGAGGAGGGCCAUAUCAAACUCACUGACUUUGGCCUGAGCAAGGAGGCCAUUGACCAUGAGAAGAAGGCCUAUUCAUUCUGUGGGACAGUGGAGUACAUGGCCCCUGAGGUUGUCAACCGCCAGGGCCACACCCACAGUGCAGAUUGGUGGUCCUAUGGGGUAUUGAUGUUUGAGAUGCUGACGGGCUCCCUGCCCUUCCAGGGGAAGGACCGGAAGGAGACCAUGACCCUGAUUUUGAAGGCGAAGCUAGGCAUGCCCCAGUUUCUGAGCACGGAAGCCCAGAGCCUCCUGCGGGCCCUGUUUAAGAGGAAUCCUGCCAAUCGGCUUGGCUCAGGCCCUGACGGGGCAGAGGAGAUUAAGAGGCAUGUCUUCUACUCCACCAUUGACUGGAAUAAGCUCUACCGUCGUGAGAUCAAGCCACCGUUCAAGCCAGCUGUGGCCCAGCCCGAUGACACCUUCUACUUUGACACUGAGUUCACAUCCCGCACACCCAGGGACUCUCCAGGCAUCCCCCCCAGUGCUGGUGCCCAUCAGCUGUUCCGUGGAUUCAGCUUCGUGGCCACUGGCCUGAUGGAGGAUGAUGGCAAGUCCCGGACCACUCAGGCUCCCCUGCACUCAGUGGUCCAGCAACUCCACGGGAAGAACCUAGUUUUCAGUGAUGGCUACGUGGUAAAGGAGACGAUCGGCGUGGGCUCCUACUCCGUGUGUAAGCGCUGUGUGCACAAGGCCACCAACAUGGAGUACGCUGUCAAGGUCAUCGACAAGAGCAAACGCGAUCCCUCAGAGGAAAUUGAGAUUCUUCUGCGGUAUGGACAGCACCCCAACAUCAUCACCCUGAAGGAUGUGUAUGAUGAUGGCAAACACGUGUACCUGGUGACAGAGCUGAUGAGGGGCGGGGAACUGCUGGAUAAGAUCCUCCGGCAGAAGUUCUUCUCGGAGCGGGAGGCCAGCUUCGUCCUGCAUACCAUCAGCAAGACUGUGGAAUACUUGCAUUCCCAGGGGGUCGUCCACAGAGACCUCAAACCCAGUAACAUCCUGUAUGUGGACGAGUCCGGGAACCCCGAGUGCCUGCGCAUCUGCGACUUUGGCUUUGCCAAGCAGCUGCGGGCUGAGAACGGACUUCUCAUGACGCCUUGCUACACAGCCAACUUCGUGGCACCUGAGGUGCUGAAGCGUCAAGGCUAUGAUGAAGGCUGUGACAUUUGGAGCUUGGGUGUCCUGCUGUACACCAUGCUGGCGGGAUACACUCCGUUUGCCAAUGGACCCAGCGACACCCCGGAGGAGAUCCUCACCCGGAUCGGCAGUGGGAAGUUCACCCUCAGCGGGGGAAACUGGAACACGGUCUCUGAGAUGGCCAAGGACCUGGUAUCCAAGAUGCUGCACGUGGACCCCCACCAGCGCCUCACGGCCAAGCAGGUCCUGCAGCACCCGUGGAUCACACAGAAAGAGAAGCUUCCCCAGAGCCAGCUGUCACACCAAGACCUGCAGCUCGUGAAGGGAGCCAUGGCAGCUACGUAUUCUGCGCUCAAUAGCUCCAAGCCCACCCCGCAGCUGAAGCCAAUCGAGUCUUCUAUCCUGGCCCAGCGGCGGGUGAGGAAGCUGCCCUCCACCACCCUGUGAGCCCCAGUGCGGACAAACCAACUCCUUGGAGGCCGAGUCCCUCCCAGAGGGAGCAAGCCUGCGUCACAGGACCAAGUGAAGCGGAGUCCUUCCCGAAGGGCCUGGGGAGUAGCCGGCCCCGAUCACCCAGUCAGGGUGUGAAGUGCCUUCUCCCCCAGGACGGGCUCUCCUGGGCUCGGGCUCCGUGGGUGAAAUCCACUCACUGUACGAACUAUUUUUUAAGGGAGAGAAAAAAAAAAAAAAAACCGGCAUCAUCUACCAUGGAUUUUUACGAGAUCCAUUUGCCUUUCUGGCCCUUGCAGUCCCAGGAGGAGGAGCAGCGAGUCGCAUGGAGACUGGGUGGCCAAGACUGACUUGAUCGGCUUUGGGGCCCUCCCCUCGGCACCCCUCUGUCGGCCAUGGAGCCAUCCGCACAUGCCUCCAAGCAGCCCCUUGUUGCCUCUCAGAGUCACCCACUGGCUGUCCAGCAGAGCCUGGUCCCCAGCCGGCUCCCUCCUGUCCUGGGGUUCCAGAACUACUUUCUGCUAAAGCCAAGAACGCACGCAGCCCUGUCGGCUCUUGGCUCCAGGCACCAGCAUCCACAUUGCCCAUCCGCAGCGGGCCCCUGCAGUCGGGUCGGACGGCCCCGUGGAGGGGAGGCAGAGAGCACUUUUUGGCAGACUUCCUGUCUGUCGCUGGACAGAGUUCACAGGAGACCAGGGAGUGGGGCCACGGGGGCGUCGAGGGCUUUUUCAUUUCCUCCUCAGCUGGUAACUCAGGGUUCAUCUGUCCAAGGCCUUUCUAAUAAACUUACAAUCCAGUCGAAGCA